AUGCACGACAUGGCCAGCCCUGCCAGGAGGACCGCCGUCCUGCUCCUCUUCUGUUUCCUGCUCGCCGCCGUCCUAGCCCAGGAAGACCCAGUCGUCGAACUAGACUACGGAUCCUUCCAGGGCCGCUACAAUGCCGACUACAACAUCUCCUACUUCCGCAAGAUCCCCUUCGCCGCCUCCACCGCCGGCGAGAACCGCUUCCGCGCCCCGCAGCCGCCCCUGCCCCUGGCCAAUGGCACCACCUACGACACCGACCAGUCCUUCGACAUGUGCCCGCAGCGCACCGUCAACGGCUCCGAAGACUGCCUCUACCUGGGCCUGUACUCGCGGCCCUGGACGCCCCCCUCGCCGCUCCGCCCCGUCCUCGUCGUCUUCUACGGCGGCGGCUUCAUCCAAGGCUCCGCCAGCUUCUCCGUGCCGCCGCCCAUGUACCCGGUGCUGAACGCGAGCCGCGCCCUCGACGACUUCGUCGUCGUCUACCCCAACUACCGCACCAACGCCUUCGGCUUCCUGCCCGGCGCCGCCGUCAAGGCCUCGCCCACCGCCGACCUCAACCCCGGCCUGCUCGACCAGCGCGCCGCCCUGCGCUGGGUCCAGGCCAACAUCCGAGCCUUCGGCGGCGACCCGGCCGCCGUCACCAUCCAAGGCCAGUCCGCCGGCGGCGGCUCCGUCAUCGCCCAGGCCAUCGCCCACGGCGACCGCGACGAAAGGCUCUUCUCGCGCGCGCUGCCCGGCUCGCCCUUCUGGCCCAAGACGUACGCGUACGACGCGCCGGAAGCCGAAGCCUUGUACGCGGAGCUCGCGGCACGAGUGGGGUGCGCGUCGUCGUCGUCGAACCAAACGGACGCCGCCUCGCUGGCCUGCCUCAAGGCCGCCGACGUGCAGGCCAUCCGCGACGCCAGCCUGGCCAUCAGCGCGCUCAACAAGGACACGACCUCCUCCUUCAACUGGGCGCCCGUCGUCGACGGCGACUUCAUCCGAGCCCCGCUGUCCGCCGUCGGCGGGCUGGAUGGCGCCCAGGUGGUGUGGUCGACGUUCAACACGCACGAGGGCGAGAACUUCGUGCCCGCCGGCCUGGGUCAAUCAGACGUAGCCGGCAGCGAUGCCAAUAUUAACGGCUUCAACAGCUCCGAGGCCGGCUUCGACCUUUGGCUGCGCGGGUACCUGCCGCGCUUCUCGGACGCGCAGCUCGAAGACGUGAAGCGGCUGUACCCCGCGCGCGGCGGCGCCGAGGAGGCGGCUUGGAACACGACGACCGUGAGGGCGGGCAUGGUGUUUCGUGAUUCCGUCCUGGCGUGCCCGGGACUGUGGUUGGCCGAGGCCGCGGGGGAGACGAAGAAGAAGGGAUAUUUGAGCGAGUACACCAUCAGCCCCGCCAAACAUGGGAGUGAUACGCAAUUUUGGAAUCAAGUGAAUGCGGUCCAGAAGUCGCAGCCCGUCACUUACAAGGGAUUGGCUGGUGCCAUGGCCAGCUUCUUCCAAACAGGUGAUCCUAACGCUCACAAGCUUACCGACGAUUCGCAAGCCGGGGUUCCGGAGCUUAGCACGGGGGAAGAAUGGGUAGUGAAGCCCGAAUCUUUCGAAAAGACCGACAUUGGCCAACUGAAGACUCGGUGUACGUUCUGGAGGCAGAACGCAGAGGACAUACCGUUGUAG